GACGUCAGUAAUGUUGUUGUUGGUGGAGGAGCUGCGAAUAUGGAGGAAAGAGAGAGUUGUGACAGGAAAAUGUAGACAUCUUCUCAUAAAAAAGACAACCGAAACGACCGCAUAGAGGUGCAACGGUUAUCGAGCGGUUCCCGAAGACGUGAGGAGGUGAUCGACUAUCAGCAGUGGAGGUGAAGACCAGCCUGCCCUCAGGGAUGCAGAGCCCAGUAGCGGGCGGCGGCGGCGGUGAGCCGUGUGGAGGCGGGGGCCCCGUGGACCUACGCACCGACCCCAGGCUGGGGCCCCUGUCCGGGGGCGUCGGCGGCAGCGGCGGCGGGGGCGGGGCGGCCGUGGACCCGGCGCUGCGCGAGCAGCAGCUGCAGCACGACCUGCUGCUCCUCAAGCAGCAGCAGGAGAUGCAGAAGCAGCUGCUCUUCGCCGAGUUCCAGAAGCAGCACGAGGUGCUCACGCGCCAGCACGAGGCCCAGCUGCAGGAGCACCUCAAGGCCUCCAUGCAGCAGCAGCAGGAGCUCCUGGCGGCCCAGCAGAGGCAGGAGCUGGAGCAGCAGAGGCAGCAGGAGCAGCAGAGGCAGCAGGAGCAGCAGAGGCACGAGGAGCUGGAGAAGCUGAGGCUGGAGCAGCAGCUCAUCAUGCUGCGCAACAAGGAGAAGGGCAAAGAGAGUGCCAUCGCCAGCACGGAGGUCAAGCUCAAGCUGCAGGAGUUCCUGCUGAACAAGAAGGAGCCCACGGGACUCAACCAUUCCUUCCCCCAGAAAUGCUGGGGUGCCCACCACACCUCUCUGGACCAGGGUUCCCCCCCCCAGAGCAACACUCCCGGGACCCCCCCCUCCUAUAAGCUGCCCCCCCUGCUGGGGGCCUACGAGGGCAAGGACGACUUCCCCCUCCGCAAGACAGCGUCGGAGCCCAACCUGAAGGUGCGCUCCAGGUUAAAACAGAAGGUGGCCGAGAGGCGGAGCAGCCCCCUGCUGAGGAGGAAGGACGGCACGGUCAUCAGCACCUUCAAGAAGAGAGCCAUCGACAUCUCCGUGUCGUCCAUGUGCAGCAGCGCCCCUGGCUCCGGGCCCAGCUCACCCAACAGCUCCAACACGGCCAUCGCUGAGAACGGCUCCAGUGGAUCUGUCCCCAACAUCCACGCUGAGCUCCGGUCUCUCCAUCAGACUCUGAAUGCAGACGGGAUGGCCAGCCCGCUGAGCCUGUACACCUCCCCCUCCCUCCCCAACAUCUCCCUGGGCCUGCCCGCCAACGCACACAUCACUGCCCCCCAGAAGCUGUCGGCCCAGCAGGAGGCGGAGCUCCAGGCCAUCCAGACCAUGCGCCAGGGCGGGGCUCUGACGGGCAAGUUCAUCAGCAGCUCCUCCCUGCCCGUGUGCCUUCCCCAGGGGGAGUCGGAGGCCCCGCAGCCCCCCAACAGCCACGGCAACCACUCCUCCCUGCUGCAGCACGUCCUGCUGCUGGAGCAGGCCCGGCAGCAGAGCGCCCUGCUGGCUGUGCCCAUGUACGGCCAGUCGCCCCUGGUGACGGGCGAGCGGGUGUCGGGCGGCAUGCGCACGGUCACCAAGCUGCCCCGCCACCGGCCCCUGAGCCGCACGCAGUCGGCCCCCCUGCCCCAGAGCCCCCAGGCCCUGCAGCAGCUCGUCAUGCAGCAGCAGCACCAGCACUUCCUGGAGAAGCAGAAGCACUACCAGCUCAACAAGAUCCUCUCCAAAGGGGCGGAGCUUCCCCGCCAGCCGCCCACCCACCCGGAGGAGACGGAGGAGGAGCUGACGGAGACGGCGGAGAUGCAGGAGGAGGGCGGGGGGCGGCGCCUGCAGAAGGAGGGCUCGGACGAGACCCCGCCCCCCUCGGAGCGGCUGAAGGGCGAGAGCACGGAGAGCGACCUGGACGAGGACGAUGACGAGGCCAUCGAGCUGAGGGAGGGUGACGAGGACGACGUGCCGUACGGGCAGUUUUCGGACCAGCAGCACUUGCAGCAGCUCAACGUGUUCCAGGCCUCCCUGUCCAUCUCGGGCAUGCCCCACAGACCCCUGGGAAGGGCCCAGUCCUCCCCUGCCACCUCCGGCCUGAAGGGGGCCCCGCUCGGCGAGGUACCCAUCAAGCACCUCUUCACCACAGGCCUGGUGUACGACACCUUCAUGCUGAAGCACCAGUGCAUGUGCGGCAACACCCACAUCCACCCGGAGCACGCCGGGCGCAUCCAGAGCGUGUGGUCCCGGCUGCAGGAGACGGGCCUGCUGGGGCGCUGCGAGAGGAUCCGGGGCAGGAAGGCGACUCUGGAUGAGAUUCAGACGGUGCAUUCGGAGUAUCACACCCUGCUGUACGGAACCAGCCCGCUGAACAGGCAGAAGCUGGACAGCAAGAAGCUGCUAGGUCCAAUCAGUCAGAAGAUGUACGCGGUGCUGCCCUGUGGAGGGAUAGGGGUGGACAGUGACACGGUGUGGAACGAGAUGCACUCGUCCGGGGCCGUGAGGAUGGCGGUGGGCUGCGUCAUCGAGCUGGCCUUCAAAGUGGCUGCAGGGGAACUGAAGAAUGGCUUCGCUGUGGUUCGUCCACCGGGCCACCAUGCUGAGGAGUCCACGGCCAUGGGCUUCUGUUUCUUCAACUCCGUGGCCGUCACUGCCAAGCUGCUGCAGCAGAAGCUGGGCGUGGGGAAGAUCCUCAUCGUGGACUGGGACAUUCACCAUGGCAAUGGGACACAGCAGGCCUUCUAUAACGACCCCAACGUGCUUUACAUAUCCCUGCAUCGCUACGACGACGGGAACUUCUUCCCUGGCAGUGGAGCACCUGAGGAGGUGGGUGCCGGUCCUGGCAUGGGCUUUAACGUCAACAUCUCCUGGACAGGAGGGGUGGACCCUCCCAUGGGCGACGCAGAGUACCUCACUGCAUUCAGGACGGUGGUGAUGCCCAUAGCCAACGAGUUCUCCCCCGAUGUGGUCCUAGUGUCCGCCGGGUUCGAUGCCGUGGAGGGACACCAGUCUCCGCUGGGCGGAUACAACGUCACUGCCAAGUGUUUCGGUCACCUGACCAAGCAGCUGAUGAAGCUGGCGGGCGGGCGCGUGGUGCUGGCCCUGGAGGGGGGUCACGACCUCACCGCCAUCUGCGACGCGUCCGAGUCGUGCGUGGCCGCGCUGCUGGGUGACGAGCUGGACCCAGUACCCCCGGCUGUUCUGCAGCAGAAGCCCUGUCCCAAAGCCUCCACCUCUCUGGAGAGGGUUAUAGAGAUCCAGAGUAAACACUGGGGCUGUGUCCAGAGAUUGGCCCCCACCGUGGGCCAGUCCCUACUGGACGCCCAGCGGAGGGAGAAGGACGAGGCUGACACCGUCACCGCCAUGGCCUCCCUCACCGUGGAUACGGAACAGCCGGCCGCCGACAGCGUUACCACGGAGACCAGCAGGUCCACCGAGGAGCCAAUGGAGGAGGAGCCUGUGUUGUAGGAUGCAAGCGACAACAGCCGGGAGAAACUUUGGUCUCUCCUCCACCUCCGGCACAAAGUCUCCUACAGUCACCUCUCCUCUUCCCAGCCCUCGUCCUCUCCACCCUUCAUUUCCCUCCGUUUCUCCGGGCUGGAUGAACGACAGCCUGUGGGUGGUGAGUGUGCGGGCGCGCGUGUGUGUGUGGAGGGACAGAGGACAGAACACACACCCAGUCCUCCGGGGUCCAACUCUCUGGCGCACGUUUGUGAUUGGCCGAGGGGCGGACACGCCGUCGAGAGGCGAGACCCGUUCGGACGAACGCGUCUUUUCGUCUCCUUCAUCUUUUCUUUUUUUUUUGUAUUCCUCGGAAACCGAGCGGCGGAGCGGAUUUGUACAUUUGUACAUUUUCUCGUGACACUUUGUACUUUUCAGGACGCAAACUCAAGAAAAGCCAUCAAGCAGCAAAAAGAUUUUUGAAACAAAACACCAGAGCUCCCUCACGCACUUCCUCAUAGACCGUGUGGGACAGGCCGUCCCCUGCAGGGGGUUAGGGCUGGGUUUAUAUCUACAGAUCGGCGCUCUCGUCGUCGGGAGCGCCCCCUAUUGUUCCUUUACUGUGUCUUGCAUUUCGGUAUUUCUACGUGUCUGUUUAAAAUAAUAUGUAAAAGGAAGCACACAAACAUAUAUGUAUAUGAUAUAUGUUUAACGUAUAUAUGUGGCUUUAUGUGUGUGCUAUAUACACAUAUUUUGCAUAAAUAUAUAGAUAUAUAUAUAUGCAAAUAUAUAUAUAUGUAUGUUUAUACUGUAUAUUCCUUUGGCUGUGGGGGCAGGAGAUUGCAGUGGUUGAUAUUGGAGGCGGGGCUGGGAAUUGUGCCGGAGUUGACGAGAGCGGAUCUCUCCACCAGUACUCAAGCCAUGUCUCCAUCUGGAACCCUCCGCUCCUCAGUGGACGCGGGACAGGGCGACCGAGAGGGCUCCGUUUAGCCGCCGGCGCUUUUCACCCCGUCUGUCAAACGCGGCUCGCGGUGGCCCCCGUGGACGAGGGAGAACUGUGUUGACAGAGGGCUGGGACUGGGUGUUCCUGCGGGCCGCGUGGUCUCUCUGUCUGUCUUACCCGGGGACCGGGGGAGCACAGCGGGGGAAGCUACGAGCGGCAGUCGCAGGGCUGGAGGAAGACGUUUGGAUUGGAAGAACUCGGUGCCUUUUAUAUAUAUCUACGAAAACCCCCAAAUGAAUUCACGACCACCCUACAAGGACGCAGACAUCAGACGAACCAACGCACUCGUUAUCCUUACGUUUGUUUCUUUGAAAAUGCCUUAAUUUUCUCCCGAGCACGCGCUGUUUUAGCCAUCUACAGCGGAAGCACGUGCUUCCACACCUUCUACUGUGUGUCUCUCACUCACUCUCUCUCUCUCUCUCGUCAUGUUCUGCUUCCUUCCUGUCUGAACGCGUGGUCACACGUCCAGAGGUCUGAAACUCACCCGUC